CCGUUAUGAAUGAGUUACGUGCACUUGGCAUGGCAGGAUAGCGAAGGAUGCGGUGCAGGAAGGGAGGUUUGCUUGUGUGUUUACAGCUCAGUGUCCUCUUCCUCCCCUCCAUCUGCUUCCUCGUCCUCCCUUGCACCAUGCAAGAUUCGUCCUGCUCCCCAAAACCAAGAGCGGAGGCGACGAGGGACAACGACUUUGCCAAGAUCAUCCGGGGCGAGCUCAGAGCGUCGGUGGUGUUUGACAGCGAAAGCUUUAUCGUGAUCAAGGAUCGGUCUCCGGCCUCGAAACUUCACCUCCAAGUCAUACCAAAGAUACCGCCAGUCCCCAGGGACGUGACCUCGCUUACGAAGGAGCACUCUUUCAUGGUUGAGAGCAUGCACAACGUUGCCGUGAAGCAGCUGAAAGAUCACGGGUAUGACAUCGGUGAAUCAAUUAUUGGUUUUCACAUCCCUCCAUUCAUCUCGGUCCCUCAUCUCCACAUGCAUGUGAUCGCUCCGAGCUCCUCCAUUGUAUUCUGGAAGCGCUUGAAGUACCUCCAGGGAACUUGCUGGUUCGUCGACUCCAAGAAGCUUGUCGAAAGUCUCAGGAGGGGCAAGUCAAUUGGCUGCGUAUGAAACAAAGGAGCAGGCUUCCUGCUUCUGGCGAAAAGCUAUCAUGCUGGUGUUCGUGUGAGGAUACAUCAGAGCUCUUCGAGCUUUCAGCAUCCUAGCAA